UAAGACUCUCAGCACUGGGUCAGUAAGUGGUGUAGCUUUUCUCUAAUUGAUCUUCACCCAAUCAACAAUAACUCGUUAGCAAGCGCUUGCUUUUCUUGUUCCUUAAGACCUCGUAUUCCGCUGUAGCAAAUCAGCCCCUGGACAGGACCGUCAUACUUGCUGAAGCGCUUCAUGGAGAACGCUUCAGAAGAACCGUCGCUUACUUAAAGGGAAUACAAUUACUGUGUUUUUAAUGCUUCAGCCCACGUUGAAGCAUGAUUUCUUUUGGAAAGUAGUAGAAGACAGUUCUGAAGACUCGAUUUUAUAGCACAUAAAGGCCGAAAAAACUGUGUCCGAGUAGUUUGUGGAAGAAAAAUAACAAUCGUUAAGAAAAGCUUGUGUGGGUUUGUUUUUUUCUUUUCUUUCUGGGAUACUGCGAUGACCUCUACUAAAGAAAUGAAGGCAGGCUCGGUUUUGCAAUCUAGCAGGGAAGACAGGAGAAUGGGUCUCUUAGAUCAGCUGCCACCCCCGGCCAAUUCCAACAAGCCACUGACCCCCUUCAGCAUUGAGGAUAUUCUUAACAAACCCUCAAUCAAGAAAUCCACGGUCAGCCGCUGUCCGCCGACGGUUCAGGAAAAAGUGACCGUCUCUGGGACGCCCAGGAACGGCGUGACCACUCCUUCCUCGCCGCUCUGUGCCCUGGAGGAACUAGCCAGCAAAACGUUCAAAGGUCUGGAGGUCAACGUAAUACAAGCAGCAGAAGGUCGCGAGCAUAUGAACGCAUUUGGACAGAGGCAGGCCACAAAAAAGAGAAGAAAGUCUCGCACAGCCUUCACGAACCACCAGAUUUACGAGCUGGAGAAAAGGUUUUUGUACCAGAAAUACCUGUCGCCCGCAGAUAGAGACCAGAUCGCUCAGCAGCUGGGUCUUACCAAUGCCCAGGUUAUCACCUGGUUUCAGAACAGGCGAGCCAAACUCAAGAGAGACCUGGAGGAGAUGAAAGCAGACGUUGAAUCCCUGAAGAAAAUCCCAUCCCAGGCCUUGGAAAAGCUAGUGAACAUGGAAGACCUCGAUGAACCCCAACGCAGCUGUGGGACAGUCUCCCCCAGCAUCUCCCCAUCGUCACAUCGACUCGCGGUCUUUCCACAGUCACCCCAGUCAUCCUCCAGGGACCAAACCACAGACGAGUUUUCAGAAGAGGACGAAGAAAUCGAAGUCGACGAUUAAUUAAAAAAAAAAAAAAAAAACUUUCUGCACAAACUUUUGGGAACAAGAGUCACUAAGAUAGUGAACCUCGUUAUUUAUUAAAGGAUAAACACUCAAUAAACAUGAUUUUGGCACAUUUUAGGCACCGCGUAACACGAAACAAACAAUUAACAAGUAAGUUGUUCCAAUCACAACAUGCUUUAACUGUAAACCAAAACAAACCAAGGAAUGGGAAGGGAAUUGACAUUUCUAUAAAGGGCAGCUUUUGAAAGUUAAAGCUAUAAGUGGCUAAACAAUGAGACUGAACACAGCUACUGCAAAUUGUGUAUGUAUGUUAUGUAUUUUCUUUCUUUGGUCUGUUCUCUUUGGGGAAACAGUGCAAUUUGGUUAUUUUUUCUUUUGUAUUUGGAAAAUUGUGAAGCCACAGACUUUAAUUGUAGCUGCUAUGCAUAUUACAAUGAUAGAUGUAGGUGAAAUAAUGUAUGUUUGUGGGGGGUGGGGGAUUCGGGUAUCUAGUUUGUCUUUGUAAAAUAAUUAUAAUGAUGUGCGUUUACAGAUACAAAUACAUGGUGUUUAUAAUUACAUUUUUCGUAAAUGUUAAUAAAAUGUUGUUUCCCUUUGGAAUGGCGUAUCAAGGCAAAUAUCACUCUUUAAACAGUACAUAAUGUAAACAAACACACUAUCGCCACAUUACGGUAAAUAUCGGUUGUGUAUAUAUUUUGAA